AGGUAUCUUUGGUGUGAUGGUGAAUUCGAUGGUUUAGUGUGCUUAAAGUUACGGCAUAACAGACAACCAUUCAGUGGUGAAAGUGCGGCUGACAUUAUAGUGUUUCAAUUUCUUUAUGCCGCUUGUUCAGCGUCACUUAUCUAAAAUCAGUACCGGAGCUUUCAUGUAACAUUGACCGGCAGGGAGGAAGGAAAAUGGAAGGUAAUAGAGAUGAAGCAGAACGAUGUAUCGCGAUUGCCCGUAAGGCACUAGGAGCUGGAGACCGAGAAAAGGCCAUCAGAUUCCUCCAGAAAGCAGAGAAACUGUUCCCAUUAGAAAAGGCUAAAGUUCUUCUGAAUGUACUCACAAAGAAUGGAAGCACAGCAAGUAAAGGACCAAAUGUUCGAACAGCCAACAGUAGUGAGGAAAGCAGUCCCAAAGAUACAAAGAGCAGUGAUAAGUCUGCAGCUGAAGAGAGGACAAAGGACUAUACUGCAGAGGAUCUAGAAGGAGUGAAUAGGGUAAAGAAAUGCAAAGAUUAUUAUGAAGUGCUGGGAGUCAGUAAAAAUGCUACUGAAGAAGAUCUAAAGAAGGCUUACCGAAAACUGGCCCUGAAGUUUCACCCAGAUAAAAACUGCGCUCCUGGAGCAACUGAGGCAUUUAAAAAAAUUGGUAAUGCGUAUGCAGUCCUCAGCAACCCAGAUAAACGAAAACAAUAUGACUUAUCUGGAGGAGAUGAAGCAUCUUUUAGGCAACAGCGAGAUGGAUUUAGUACACGUAGAGACUUUGAAGCAGACAUUACUCCAGAGGAUCUUUUCAACAUGUUUUUUGGUGGUGUCUUUCCUACAGGUAACUUGCAUACCUUUUCUAAUGGGGCCCGGUACAGUUAUCAGCAGCAUCAUCAUCGUACCGCACAUGAACAGCAAGAGGAGAGAGCUGAUGGCAGAUUUUCUACGUUUCUUCAACUUAUGCCAGUUGUAGUCCUGAUUGUGGUUUCUGUCUUAGGCCAGCUGAUGGUCUCUCAUCCUCCAUACAGUCUCUAUUCCAGACCGGAUUUAGGUCAUACUAUCAGAAGACAUACUGAAAAUUUGAAGUUACCAUAUUACGUGAACAGGGAAUUCAAAACAGAGUACAGAGGAGUACCACUUCAAAAAAUAGAAAAGAAUGUUGAAGAGGAUUAUGUGACAAAUAUUCGAAAUAACUGUUGGAGAGAGAGGCAGCAAAGAACUGAUUUGUUAUAUGCUGCAAAGGUUUAUCGAGAUGAACGUCUCCGAAAGAAAGCAGAACAAAUGAACAUGGACAAUUGCAGAGAACUGGAAAGACUUAACAAUCUGUAUCGAGGAGGGUGAAACAUCUUUAGUUGCCUCAUAUGCUUUGUGCUGGACAGUUUAGUUUUGAUAUUAAUCCCAAAUUAAGAGGGACAGAGAAAAGCCUUACUGUGAACAUUCUUCUGUAUUUCAGCUGUCUUCAGAAAUGCCUUCUCAUAUGUGCACCAUAUUCUACAGCUGUUGGAAAGCAGCAGUGAAAUAUGUUCAGGUGGCAAAAUCCCUAGGACUCGAAAGUAUGGGCAGUUUCCAUCAUUCUGCUGGAAGCAGAACCUUCCGUAUAAGAUGCCUCUUUCUCCAUGUUGUUUUUCUGUCUUCAAUUUGUAAAUGUUAUAAGUCGGGAACUGCGUUUACAAGGACUCCAUAGGAAAAUAGAUUGGGCAUGAUUGAGCUGUAUGUAGUACUUGAUUUUGUGGAAAGCCAUACCAAGGUCAUAAGGUUCCCCUUAACACAAACGUGUUUUUACAUAUGCUCCACUUCUAGCUCACUGAAUGUUAAAUCAGGAACCAUGCUUCCGUGGCAGUAUUUGUUUUAUUUAACAUUUGUUAACUGGGAAAGUCCGACUUGAAACGAGCCAAUUUUCAGUGGAGGCCCGGGGAGAAACACUCCAGA